UCUACAAGUUGAAAAUACGAGUUUCGUGAGAAUUAACGAAAACAUAACCUCGUAAAUUUUUUGUCAUAACACCGAAGAACAAUAUAAAGUUAAUUUACUUAAUUUAAACAAUAUUCGUUAACUAAUUUGUACAGAAUGUCGUUCUCCUUUGGCUCCAAACCUGCAGCUACUGGAUUCGGUGUAACUCCUCAAACAAACACAUUCGGAGUAUCGCAACCGGCUCAACAACCAGCAACAGGUUUCGGUGCACCAAAUGCUGGAUUAUUUAAUACAGCCGGUACAAAUACUGGCUUGACUUUUGGUGCUACACCUACAAUGAAUGCACCAGCUGCAGCUGCUCCAGCAAACACUGGACUCUCCUUUGGAAGCACACCAAAUACGGGAUUAUUUGGUGCACCUCCUGCAUCAAAACCUGCAUUGGGUUUUGGAGCAACACCAGCAGCAGCAUCGACUGGUUUAAGCUUUGGAGCUCCAGCUAACACAGGAUUGAGUUUCGGAGCAGCGACUACCACUGCUGCUAAUACCAGUUUGAAUUUUGGUACCACAAGUACUAGUCUAAAUUUUGGUACACCUAGUACAAGCACUGGGUUUUCAUUAGGUGGAACUGCAGCCACUUCUGCACCAACAUUAGGUUUGAGUUUUGGUUCUUCUGCUGCUACAACAACACCAUUAAAUUUUGGUGCUGCAGCUACUUCUGCACCCAGUGGAGGGCUUUCUUUUGGCCUUGGCGCAAAUACACUUUCUUUUGGAAAUACUCCUACUGCUGCACCAGCAAGUUCUGCAGCUCCUGUGGGUUUAGGCGGGAUAGCCUCAUCCACACCAUCCACAGGUACUGCAACUAAGACUACAGAACAAGCGCCAAAAGAGCAGCAUCUGCCAAAUGAAAUACAACAAACAGUGGAAAAUUUUAAAAAUUUUGUGAAGCAGCAGAAGAUAUACAGCUCAGACGUAGCACGGUAUUCAAUCAAAGAAUUCCGACGAGUGGAAUCUGAUAUAGAUCAAGUCAAUAAUUUAUUGAACGAAGUGGAGAAACAAUUACAAAUGAAUAAGAAUGUCGCAGAGAAGUUGAAAUAUGAUACGGCCAAAGGUUUGCAACACGUCGAGAUGGCUCAGAGGACCUACGAUACACCAAUGGGAUUGCAAUACGAAAACACCGCUCCGUACCUAUUUUUCGUGGAAUUGGUGGAUAACUUUGAAAGGGAAUUGCAGAAUAUGAAACUGCAAAUUGAAAAUACUGAUAAGUAUGUCAAGAAUAUUGGGAAAUCAUCACCGCUUAGCUCUCAAGAUUUGGCUUUGGGUAUGAGAAGAAUCCAUGAAGCGUUCGUGGCUUUAGCGGGACGACUGCAAUCGGUUCACAGUCAAGUGGAAAGUCAAAAGGAGCAGUACCUUAAUUUCAGAAAGCACAUGCUGAACGAUUCAACAAACGUGUUUGAUAAAAAGACGAAGGAAACCGACGCCCUGAAUAUCGCGUUGAACACGAUACAUUUCCAGCCGCCCCAGAUGGGAACUGGACCUACGCCGUUCAAUUCCGUAUCGCAUCCAAGCGUUAUACAAGCGGCAGUUCAAAAUCAAGCUCCAACUUUCCAACCGACGAAUUCAUUUGGCGGUUUUAAUACAACAGAAAAACCUAUGUUUGGAAAUACAAAUACAUUUGGUCAAAGUUUCAAUAGCAGCGCCCCAACGAACACUUUCCAACUGCAAAAACCUCCGACUGGCAGUAAAAGAGGGAAACAAUGAUCACACACACCAACCCAACAUUAACAUGAUUCAACUGAACAGAAAAGUGAUUUGAUAGUAAUGAACGAUCACUUGUUAUUAUA